CACCGAGCUGCGCAAAGGGGACAAAGCUUAGGCGGCUCCCGACUUCUGUUCUUAGCCGACAAACAGCCUCGGCCCUCCUCCACUCUAUUUUUUUUCCCUACGAGUGCGACUGCUGCCAACCAACGCCCCACGGAUCUUGCGGUGCGGGAUAGAUAGCGUCAAAAGUCUAGCUCGUUGCUAUAUCUGUAUUUGAUCACUGACACUAUUUUUGUUCCUGUCCUGCGACCGCCGUCACGCGGUGACUCCACGAUGGCGACCGAGACGAUGACCAUCCCCCCACCAUCGCAGCACAAGCUGUCGAAGAACGCAAAGUUGGCCCCGGAAAAUGAACGGUACAUGCGGGCAUGCUCAGAUAUCGCAAAUGCCCUGAUCCAGGAAUAUGAGUCGCAAAAGGAUUUCUCGAAGCCCAAGCGGGAUAUUAACUUGAACAAACUGCGGAGUCAGGUGUCGAAAAAGCAUCACUUGAGUACGCAGCCAUCUCUCACGGCGAUCAUUGCGGCCGUGCCUGAGCACUAUAAAAAAUACAUUCUUCCUAAGCUGAUCGCGAAGCCUAUAAGAACGUCUUCUGGUAUCGCCGUGGUGGCGGUUAUGUGCAAACCCCAUCGAUGCCCGCAUAUCGCCUACACCGGAAACAUCUGCGUCUACUGCCCGGGUGGACCGGAUUCUGAUUUCGAAUAUUCGACCCAGUCGUAUACCGGAUAUGAACCGACAUCCAUGCGAGCAAUCAGAGCGCGUUACGAUCCUUUCGAGCAGGCUCGAGGACGUGUUGAUCAGAUCAAGUCUCUGGGACACAGUGUGGACAAGGUCGAAUACAUCAUUAUGGGUGGAACGUUUAUGUCGCUUCCCGUCGACUACAGAGAGUCGUUCAUCUCACAGUUGCACAACGCUCUGAGUGGAUAUCAGACCGAUAACGUGGACGAGGCGGUUCAGGCUGGUGAGAUGAGCAACAUCAAAUGUGUGGGGAUUACCAUCGAAACACGACCGGAUUACUGCCUGGAUACCCACCUUAGUGAUAUGCUUCGCUAUGGAUGUACGAGAUUGGAGAUUGGAGUGCAGAGUCUUUACGAGGACGUCGCGCGGGACACCAACAGAGGCCACACAGUUGCGGCCGUCGCAGAGACUUUCAAGCUGGCCAAAGAUGCAGGAUUUAAGGUAGUCAGCCACAUGAUGCCCGAUCUUCCCAACGUGGGUAUGGAGCGCGAUCUCGACCAGUUCCGCGAGUACUUCGAGAACCCCGCCUUCCGAACCGAUGGCCUGAAGAUCUACCCGACGCUGGUCAUUCGAGGAACAGGUCUCUAUGAGCUCUGGAGGACAGGCCGAUACAAGAACUACACGCCCAAUGCGCUGAUCGACAUUGUCGCCCGUAUCCUUGCGCUGGUGCCUCCGUGGACCCGUAUCUACCGUGUGCAGCGUGAUAUUCCCAUGCCUCUGGUCACGUCAGGUGUUGAAAAUGGAAACCUUCGAGAGCUGGCUCUGAGCAGGAUGAAGGACUUUGGCACGACUUGUCGCGAUGUACGGACUCGUGAGGUCGGUAUCAAUGAGGUGAAGAAUAAGAUCCGUCCGUCUCAGGUGGAACUAGUCCGCCGUGACUACACAGCCAACGGCGGCUGGGAAACUUUCCUGGCAUACGAGGACCCGAAGCAGGAUAUCCUCAUUGGACUGCUUCGUCUGCGAAAGUGUUCUGCCACGCACACCUUCCGCCCCGAACUCACCGGCCAGCAGACCAGUCUUGUUCGAGAGUUGCACGUAUACGGCUCCGCUGUGCCUCUGCAUGGGCGCGAUCCACGCAAGUUCCAGCACCGUGGUUUCGGAACUCUGCUCAUGGAAGAAGCCGAACGCAUCGCCCGAGAAGAGCACGGCAGCCGAAAGAUCAGCGUUAUUUCUGGCGUUGGUGUUCGCAGCUACUACGCCCGUCUAGGCUAUCACCUUGAUGGUCCUUACAUGUCGAAGAUGCUUGAUCCGAUUGAAGAUGAAGAGUAGGCUCUCUCUUCCAAUCAUUUCACGCGCAUAUAUCUAUAACGGUGUUCAUGACAUUAGAAUUUCACGUAUGUGAACAAAAAAGGACUAGACGGAAGGUGGGCCUCUCAAAAGAGCCCUGGGCGUUAUAUCCUGGUCGAAUCUUAUAUCUUUGCAUUUAUUGGCGUUGGUCUUGAGGAGAAUUAAAUCCAUUUGGACAAACGAAAAGUAUUACGCGUGUCAUGUAUAUAGACUAGUAGUAUCUCGACGGAAUCAAGAUUGCAUCCAUCACAUCCAUCC